GUUGUGUGGAUGCAAAGGGGAGCUAUGAAGGGUAUAAAGAGGCAGGUGGUCCAGGAAGGAGGCAGAUACAGGAGGCAGAAGCCAGGAGAGGAAGACGGCCUGUGAGCAAGAUUUGCAAGCCCACCAGGAUGCCUGAGACCUCUCUUCUAGUCUAUGUCCUUUGCCUACUCACCUUGUCUUCGGCUUGCUAUUUCCAGAACUGCCCUCGGGGAGGAAAGAGAUCAGUCUCAGACAUCCAGAAUUGGCUUUGGCGAGGAAAGAGAGAAGUCAUAGAACGCAAAGAAUACCGACCGUGCAUCACCUGUGGUCCUGAAAUGAAAGGAAACUGCUUUGGCCCCAGCAUCUGCUGCGGAGAAGAAUUUGGCUGCCUCAUUGACACCGAGGAAACUCCCCGCUGCCUGGAGGAAAAUGAGCUGCCUGACCCCUGCGCGUCUGGCUGGAAGUGGUGCGGUGAAGAUGGGAGAUGUGCAGUGCCGGGCACAUGCUGCACUAUCGGCUAA